UAUGAGAAUUAUGAACUGAGAUGCUUGAUUCAUUAGCAGGCAGGAAGCUAUGGAACAGAAUCUUCUGAUGUCAUAAUUCUGGGUGUCACGGGAACACUUGGUCAUCAUUCCUUUGGCAAGUCUAGCCUUCUAUGGAAAGUCAGUAGAAGCAAUUGAUUUAUUCACCUCUACAGGAAUCAGACUCGGCCUAUAUUUGGAUUUCAGUGAAUUAUGCCUUUUCGGUUUGGGACCCAGCCAAGGGGGUUUCCAGUGGAAGGAGGAGAUUCUUCAGUUGGGCCGGAAUCAGGCCUGAGCUCCAGUGCUGCCUCUAAUGGGAAAGAAGCAUCACCCAAUAGGCAACUCCGAAGAUGCCCUGGAAGUCAUUGCCUGACAAUAACUGAUGUUCCCAUCACUGUCUAUGCAGCAAUGAGAAAGCCACCUGGGCAAAGCAGCAAGGAAAUGCAUCCCAAAUAGCAUCAUUAAGUCUUCUGUCGAGGGUUGACUAGGUCAAGGGUAAUGGGCCAGUAUCAUCUUAUGGUCUGUCUGGUAAACAAAUAAAGGUGGUGGCAUUGGCUGAAUAUUUGGGUGAUGACAAUUGCUGAAUAUUCGAUUUUAAUAAGAACAAAACAUGUCAGUAGAGCACACAGGAUGACAAACCGUUGGCUGUGUCUGACAAGAUGGACUGCUUCACACUUAGUACCUUAGAGAUCAUCCUGGCACAGAUGACAAGCUUCAAAGACUCAAGGUAAAGCCUGAUCCAUGAUGAUCAUAAUGCCAGGUUCUCGGAGCUUGUACACAUCUCACAGCCAUUUGAAUUUUCAUUAGCUAAAGAGAAAAGACCAUGCAAAGAUGUGGCCACUGAGUCCUGCCUGUAUAGGUCUAAAGUACCUCUGUGAAGAGAGAUUAAUAUGCAUUAAUCUAACAAAACUUGAAAGUAAGAUGAGCGAGUUGAAUGCUAUUUCAGUCCUACUGUUUGUGUACCUGUUCUGCUUGCUAUUUAGAGACAGUU